CACGAUUCAGAAUUGUAAUAUUCUUGUUUGCUAGUUCCACGCCGGUGAAGUUCUGACUUCUGUUCUGUUCUUGUUGUGACCAUUGAAGAAUUCCCCAUAACCACAUUUGCUACUGCUGCGCUAAGAUUAACCCACUAGAAGAACGGAAUAGUGAAUAUAUCAGGCUUUUCAGGUUACGAUUGCCGAUUUACGCAAAUUACAUCGGACAUUGCCCGGCAGUUUGACCUGCCAGAACGUCAGAGCAAGUUGAAUACAAUGCUAAGAGAGGAGGGAUUGAAGGAUGAACAAGUAUACUGUAUAUGCCGUACUUCAGAUGUGUCCAGGUUUAUGAUAGGAUGUGACAAGUGUGAGGAGUGGUAUCAUGGUGAUUGUAUCAAUGUAACAGAAUUAGAAGCAAAUAAAAUCAAAAAGUUCUUCUGCAAUAGAUGUAGACUCAAGGAGCCUUCAUUAGAAAUCAAAUAUAAGCAGAAAAAACCUCACCACCAUCAUCAUGAAGACAACAAGCACUACAAGGACAAUGAAAAGAGGGAUAAAGAGAGCAAAGAGAAGAGAGACAAGGAAAAAAAUGACAAAAUUAAGAAAGAAAAAGAUAAACAUCGCUCAGACAAGCAUUCUUCAUCAAAAAGCAAAAAUAGUGGGAGAAGUGGUAGUCAUCGUUGCGGUGCUUGUGAGGCUUGCUAUCAACGUGAAGAUUGUGGUCGGUGUGAGAACUGCAAGGAUAUGGCGAAAUUUGGUGGGCCUCACAAACUUCGACAAAAGUGCAAGAAGAGGCAGUGCCAUAAUUUUGUUCAGUUGGCUCAGAAGAACAAAAACAACAACAGUACCAUUAAGAAACACCGUGACUACGAAAUGGAAAAGCCUGCAAAUUCGCUCCCACGAUCGUUGGAUUUAGUCGAUGAAUAUAUGACUGUUUUGAAAGACAAGAAUGAGUUUAGUGAUGAGGAAUCAUGGGAGCCAGGAAAGAAAUCUAAAGAAGUUCCUCCAUUCCUGGACCGUAACAAGAACAAGGAGAAGGAGAUCAAGACCCACCCCCAGAAGCGUAAAGAGCAGAGUAUUGUCUCAAAGAAGAGGAAAGGUAGGCACGAUCAACCUUCUUCAGAUUCAGAUUCAGAUGGAGGAUGGCCCAAGGGGGAAGGUGGCAUUAAUAGACAGUGUUUUGGACCUCAGUGUGUAAAACCGUGCCGUCCAAACAGCAAGUACUGUAGCGAUGAAUGUGGUUUAAAAUUAGCAGAAGCAAGAAUAUACUCGGUCCUGCCACAGCGAAUUCAGGAGUGGAAGAUGAGUGAAUGUGAGGCGGAAAAGCGAGACAUCAGACAAUUGGAAAAAAUAAGAAGACAACAACUUGAAGCUCGAGAAGUGUUGCAGCAGUUAGAUCACCGGCAUUUGGAAUUGGACAAACUAAUAGAAAGAGGGAAGAAUGAAGUUAUAGAUCCACAUGCAGAUGAUGGAAACGAUGAAGAGGGUGGUGAUGGAGUGUACAUUUACUGUGUAACCUGUGGUCAUGAAGUACAGGCUAGGAGAGCUGUAAGGCAUCUGGAGAAUUGCUUCAAUAAGUUAGAAAGUCAGACUACCUUUGGGUCUAUGUACAAAACACGGAUAGAAGGUAACAAUAUGUUUUGUGACUAUUAUAAUUCGAGCACUCUUACAUAUUGCAAAAGAUUGCGAGUUAUGUGCCCAGAACAUACCAAAGCUCCUACAGUUUCAGAUAAAGAAGUUUGUGGUGCACCUUUAACAGCUAAUGUCUUUGAUGAGACGGGUAAAAUAUGCCUUGCUUCUAAAAAGAAGUGUUUGCGUCAUUAUUGCUGGGAGAAGAUGAGAAGGGCAGAAAUAGAUAUGGAAAGAGUCAGACAGUGGUUGAAGCUUGAUGAGCUUUUAGAGCAAGAACGUUUAGUACGACAGGCGAUGACCAAUCGUGCAGGGGUCCUUGGUCUGAUGCUCCACUCAACGUAUGACCACGCUUUAGCAGAAAAGCUACAACAGUCGCAGCAGUACCAUCAAAAUAGUGAUCAUCAGUAUCAUUCUGGUCAUAAGCAUCCCAGAACAUCACACAGCAGUCAUCCGAAGUCCUCUUCAAAUAAUGAUACUUCAAAGACUCAAAAUCGACAUCAGCACUCAUCACAACAUUACUCCCACAGUGAUCACAGGUACCACAACGAAGUUUAUCACCAACCACAACAACAACAGCAACCUCAGCAUCAUCAUGUAGAUCAUCAGUACCACAAUCGUGAGCGAAAGCAUCAUCACUCUGACCAUCAGUAUCAUUCUAGUCGUGAAAAGAAAAGUACUGAAGAUAGGUUUCAUAAUGAUCAUCAGUAUUAUUCCAGCAAGAAACAUAAGUAAGGAAUGUAUUCUUCAGACUGAAAGUUUAUUUUUGUGUCUUAAGUUUUUCCUAAUUUAUACUCUUAUUAGAUCUGUAAAAAGUUUUCUACAUAACAGUAUUGUAAAUCUGUUUAUAAUAUAUAAGCCUAAAGUGUA